CCUGAAAAUGCACCUCGUGCGUGGCUUGAGAUUUGACUGGGGCACUUCCAAGACUGGAGCGAAGACGACGACCUCCUUCGGGGAUUGCCGUGGACAGGAUCGCUUAACUGCAUUAUCAUCUUGUCUGAGAACCUGCGGCGACUUGCAACGGCUCCGCUAAAAUCGAAUAUCUAAAAUACUUAUCGGUCAUUUAGAUGACUUCAGCACUUGCGCUGGCCAAUUGGAAUAACUGAGCUCUCUGAUAAGCCAACCAUUAGUCAGCUAACCCGCCGCCGACAGAAA